GCGCACAAGGCAGCGGUGAAGGAAUGGUUGAAGGAAGGAGGCUGUGUUGGUCCCAGUCCCGAUGCAGCCCCGUCAUUGAGUCAGUUUCAAGAGCUGAUGGAGUGCUUUGGCGACAAAAGAUCAUUGUCGCAAAAAGAGCUGCAAAUGGCAUGGUGUUUGGCAGAGGGGUUAAAAGCUUUGGACCAAAAGUUCAUUGCGAAAUCUUCUCGCAUUUCUUUGAUGCGGGAUGAGCGGCAUGGGCGGUUGGCCAUACGAUUCAUGGCUGUGGCCCCAGACUUGACAACUCGAAGUGGCUUUUUAGGCCAAGCAAGGCAAGCUGGAACAGGUUCGAAUCCCACGCACGUCCCCUUGGCAGCAGCUAUGUUGGCUGAUGCGGCCGACACAAGUCUUGCUUUAACUCGAUCCUUGGAUACGGAGCAUGUUGAUCCUGCAAAGCUGAAAGGUGACUUGCAAGUCUACAUGCGACAAAUUCGCAGUCUUUUUGUUGAAGGUCGUUGUGCGACUGUGUUCGGCUUCACCUCGACUGUUCUUACCCAAUUGAAGCUCCGUGCACAGUGGGAAGACCUGUAUCCCCGUGCCCAACUGGAAUACAAAGAACAGGUUGGCUCACUGAAAGAAAGCAAAGAUAUGGUCCACGAUGGCAACAAAGAAGCCUGGAGAGCUACUUUGGCCAGAAUCAAAAGAAAACAGGUUGACCCAGGUUUGACUGAGAGCAGCUUCCUUCGGAGACGUCGCUGCGCGGCUGCUGCGGCCGCAGAGUCAUAUUCAGGAACCCAGGAGCAAGCCGACCCCCUAUUCUUCACUGAAGGUCAUCAGAAGGAAAUGUUUUUUUUGGAAAAGAAAAGCCGCAUUAGGCGAAUUCAGGCCACUGCGGAGAAGUCCUUACCAGACGCGACUUUGCAAGAUCAACAAGACGCAGAGGCUGCUUCGGCCAGAUUUGCAGAGAAUCAAAAGAAAAGACGCGAGAAGGCAAGUAGGAUUGAAAGGCAUGUUAGCAACAAACACAGGGAUGCCUUGCUCGCCGAUUUAUCUGGCUCUAAAGCUUUCCUGGCUGUUUCGGCCAAUAUGGAAUUGACUGCAAGUUUAGCCAACAAUGGAAUCCAAGUGACAGCGCCAGCCUCCCAAGCACAUGUCAUUGUUUGCGACAAGCCAGGUGAAAGCUUACUGCCAGCAUCCCUACAACUGAUGAUAGGCAUUUUCGCUUUGAAGCGGUUGCAGCUGCCGGUGGAAGUUUCAUUUUGCAGCGACACAGACCCACACUGCAGAAAACUACUGGAAGCUGCUCACAAGCCAAAAUGUUUUUUCGACGAUGCCGAACAACGAAAGCCAGAGGAUGAGAUCCCUGUGGACGUAUACAUUAGUACCCCGCCAUGCCAGCCAUGGAGUUCACAGGGAAAAAGGAAAGGUCUCCAAGAUCCCCGGGGGAGGUUGCUGAAAGUGCCUUUGAGGUAUACAAAGCGGCACAAACCAAGGGUCUUUCUGAUGGAGAAUGUGAAGGGUCUCUGCCACCGGAAAAACAAACCGGUACUCCGCGGCAUCCGAGCCACGUUAGAGAAGCUGGACUACAGGGUCUGGCUUGGAGUCUUAAACGCUGUGGAUUUCCAAAUCCCGCAAAAGAGACAAAGGCUCUUCAUUGUCGCGAUCCGCAAAGACUCCUGCAGGAGACCUUUCAAGUGGCCCAAAAAACUCGGUAAGCGAAGGCUGUCAGAGGCCUUGGACCCGAUGCAGGCUGCAGAUCGGCCUGGUCGGUUGCCGAAAAAUCAAAGAGCCAAGGCUUUGGCUUUGGCUGCCUGCCGAAAAGUUAACAAGGAGGGCAUUGACCCACGACAGGUUCCUGUUGCCAUAGACGUCGGCUGCAGCCAAAAAUAUGCCACCUUUGGCAUUGAUGUCAGCCGCACCUUGAGCCAAGCUCGCGCCAAGACAGAAGCGGAGACUGACGAGGCAAACUUCUGUCAGUAUGUCUAUGUGACACAGCUUUUUGUCAAAGAGAAGCCAGCAGAUUUCUUCGGUCUCGCAGAGAUGGAAGACGUGUACGAAUGCACUCGCAAUGCCAUUUUUUGGUGCUACUGCCACCUGGCCCCAGACAUCAGAUCUGAAUUUGAAUGGCAGAUUGUGAUUGCACUGGACAUGCUGACGACUUUGCGUUACACAGAUCCCGACAGCUUCCCAGACAGCCGAAUUGUCGCUGGUUUGCCAGAUGCGGUGGAAGAAACCAAGUUGCCCCUGACCCAUGCAACCAAGCGCGACUUCUAUGUGGCCACGCUCUUCAUCAGCUAUCUCGACGCUUGCCCGCUGAAUUAUUGUGGCUUCAGAUGGUCUACGUUUCGUGAGAACCUGUGGGAGUCCUUCAACAAGGCAGUCCAGAGAUCAGAAGUAAACAAUGAAUUGAAGAUUGGACACUUCUCAGGAGAGGGCGAUUUGCCCUCUCCAACCGCAGGAGAGGUCGUCGUCUUCACAGGUCGUCAUGUUGAGCUUGGCUGUUUCGGCCACCCUGGCUGCUUCGGCCACUUCGCCUUCGUCGUCAGUGAGGCUGUUUCGGCCUGGAGUGCUGACAUGCCAAGCCCCAUGGACUCAGGGUGGGCGCCCAUGUUGUGUAUCGACUGUGGUGGCGUCUUAACCCGUUAUGGAGAUGUCAAGUACGACGGCGAGGAAAUCUACAAGGCGACGAUGCCAGGAGCAUGGGCUUUCCUGCUUUUGUGGCAGGCUUGCUAUGGCGAAGAUGCUGUGAGAAUCAUUUCGAAGGUGAAAUGGUUCCCACACAAAGAGAAGCAUUGGGUGGUGAGACACGCGAUGUCUCUUGGGUUGUCCUCGGACCAGGUCUUCUUGACGGAUCAGAACAGCAACAAAGGAUACUACGCGCGCCGCUCCAAUGGCACCGUGGUCGUCGACGACAGGCUGGAUUGCUUGCAGAGCAUGAUGAACGGAAGCUCAAAAAGCCUGCAGACAGCUGUCCUGUUCGGGGGCGCCGAUCCACGAAACGAGAAAAAGGUGCACUGCAUCAGCGACUUCAGAGACCUUGCCGUCUUGCUGGAGGUCUACCCGAAUGGUACGGUUUGGGACUGGCUCAUGGACGAAGGCCCUCCAAACAAACCUCAUGACGAAGCAGUGCGAGACGACCUCCUGCAACGCUUGAAGGCCAUGGACGACGCCCGAGCCUGGCUACCAACUUCAACGGCAAACAAAAGAAAGGUUGAGGCUGCAUCGGCCUUGUCGUCGAGCAACUGGGUCCCAAAAGGUUCUGCAGCGCCCGCCGGCGACAAUGACGACGAUGACGAGCGUCCGCCGCCUCCAGACAACGUCGUCUUUUUGUACCGCAAGUCUGCUGCAAAAAAAACCAGUCAAGAAGGAAUCGCCGCCGCCGUCGACGAGACCGCCAAAGCAAUCCACAAUCAAAGAAGAGCCGGACUACGGCGGCGACCAGGUGAAGCAGCUGCAGUGGCAGCAACAGGCUGGGUGGUACUACCCGUACUACCAGGCCGCGGCGGCUGCUUCGGCCGCGCAAGGCAGCCAGCCGGCGGCACCGGCUGCAUCGGCCGGGCCGCCGCCUUGGGGGGGCCGACGUCCGGAUUCGAGCUGGACGCAGGCAAAGAUGAAGCGUGCCGAGCAGCACCGUGCUACCGGAGGGCAGACGGCACAGCGGAUGACCCCGGCAAUAGCAUGUUGCCGAUGUGGGAAGAAUCAGCCGGGCGCAUAUUGCCCUGCCAGGUGCUGCAGGAGGUGCUGCACGCAGUCGAGUUGCCCACAGCACCAUGGCUGAAUCGGCCAUGUGCUGACUGGCCUUCACUGGCUGCUUCGGCCAGGGCGAAUCUUCACUGGCUGUUUCGGCCAGACGGUAGCACCACUGGCUGUUUCGGCCAGACGGCAGCAUGGCUAAGACGGCCGUGCGACACUGGCUGCUUCGGCCAGGUCAAUGACGACGGAACGCGACAGUGGAAAGGGGAAAAAAGCAAGCAGGGACAUCAGGCUCAUUGGAUUAAGGUGCAUGAUGAUUUGGCCCGAAUUUUCUCACACGAAUUAUUCAAAGACAUAUUGACAGCAGACCCUUUGUCUGUCAAAGAUGGCGGCAGAGAGGCAGCACUCGACGCUACUCAGGCUGCUUCGGCCUUGAAAAACGCUGGCGUCUAUAAGUGUGCCGCCAAUUUUUUCCAUCAAGACUUCCUUUUCAUGGCCACGCACAAAGUGCCUAUGAACGAAGCGCAGGUGCAGCAAAUCAAAGACUAUUGGUUUCCCAAAAAUGAACCGCCGUCAUUGUGCCCCUUUGUCAUCACAGUCGCUUUGGAAACCCCUGGCUGCAUCGGCCAACGUCCACAAAACGGUUUCCAACGUCUCAGUCCUCCAGAGCCGGUACACGCCUUGCUGUUUGCACUGGCUGAAGCCAUUGAAAGCAAAGCAAAAGUUGGAGUAUUGCGCGCUUUCAGAAGUUGCAUCCUCACUGCGACCUUUGUGUUCGAAAUCUGUCCUGUUGGUGAAGACCGCUACUGGCGUGCACAAAACAUUCGUGAAGAGAUGGUUGAAAAGGGUUUGUCGGUUCAGUUGUCAUUGUGUCAAGCAGUUUUGGAAUGGUGUGACCAAAACUGGCUCACUUCGUCUGCUUGGAAAUCAAUUUACGCCUUGCAAGCAUUGCUUGACAGAGGAGGCACGCCUGAGAUGAUUGCCUGGUCCCUGGAAGGGAUGGUGGAUGGCGUCCGCAUGUCUUUUCUAGAUGGUGGACACUUUGUUAUUAGCAAGCUGAAAGAUUCAAGGGCCAGCUACAUUGAAGUCCUCAAAAUGAAGCGCAAAACUUUGUUGCAUUUACUGAACACAUGGCUGAAUGACUUGAAGCUGGAGAAAAAAUGGAAAGACAACAUCAAGAGCUACUGCGGCUCCUAUGAGAUGUUGCGAAAGCAUAUUUCGCCAUACCCUGAUACGCAGGCUGAUACGGCCUGGUUGCUGGGUUGCCCGCCAAGUGUUUCUGAAAUUUGCGAGUUCCUGGAUCAACUUGUCUUUGGAUCCCACUAUGACGCAAGAUACAAGGAUGCAAUCAAGAGCAAACACGAGGUGGAAGAUUUCUUGAAUUACACAACUCUAAAGACCACCAUGGAAACCAUUGAAAAAAUGACUCGCCAAGAGGACAAGCCCGAGGGACUCAAUGGCGAUGAAGAGCAGAAAGCAAGAACGGAAGAGGAAAGACAGGAAACAGAACUGGAGGCUGCUUCGGCCUCUGAGGCUGCUGCGGCCUCUGAAGCUGCUCCGGCUUCUGAAGAAGUGGAAGACAAUGGUCUUAGUGAGGCAGACAAGGUCAUGUGGAGACAGCACAUGCGCAAGAUCCUCAACCAGCAUGUGCGAUUUGUCGCCGAUCACCGCACCAAUGUGGAAUUGGAAAGUGCCUUGAAAGAAACACCUUUCAUGUCCUUGCGCGGAGAUCAAACAGGAAUGGCCCUCUUCCACUUUGAUUUGAAAAAAUAUGGCGAGCCCACCACACGGCCAGACUUGAGAACCCCAACCUUUCGUGAAAACCUCUACACCCGGCUUGUCAAGAGCGUUCUUGCUGCGCGGCAAGACGCAAUGGGCACUCCCAACCCCAACCUUCAGGCAGGGGAAGUUGCAUUGAUUUUCGAUGCAGGAAAAAAAGGACUUAUGAAAAAGUUGCUCAGCCCAUGGAAAGAAGGAACAGCCAAAACCAAAGAGGAGGACGAAGAAGCGGAGGAUGAUGGAGAAGAAGAUGCAGAAGAGGAAGAUGACAAGCCGACCUUUUGCGUAGACACCCUGAUGAUUGGAUAUUCAGAGUCGUCGCUAUCCGCACGAAAGAAGCGGCUCCGUGGAACUUGCACUCUGAAGCAGAUGGAGUCAUGUCACAUUUUGUCAUCCAAAAGGUUGUCCCUGCCAAGCCGUGACAGAAAGCACUACGCAGGUUCAACCACUGGCGACUUGAUUUCCAACGUGCACAUGCCUGCUUGGUCUUCUGAGUGGCAGCUGCCUUGGAAAGAAAAAAAGGAGCUUUUGGGGAAAAAACACAUGAUAGCUGUCGGAGGUAAGACACAAAACAAGGAGGAAGAGAAGCAGAACAGCAGAUCCAGCAAUGGCUUGGAGCCAGUUUGCUUUCACAGUCCACCCUAUGAGCUCUGCGACGAGUUGAUCCACGACUUUUUCGCGAAGAUCAUUAUCGAUCUGACACCUCUGGACGGCCGCAUGGCUUGGGCUGCCUUGCGAAAUCGGGUAGGGUAUGUCGGAGUUGCCUUCAACCCGGAGCACCAACGCCUUCUUGAAGACCGGCUGCUUGCUUUGCUUGAAAAGGAAAUGACAAACCCUGAGUCCAGCUUGUUUUCGUCAGCUUACAGUGAAGCCGUCGGCGGUGGCAGUGGUAAG